GAAAACAGGGUCCCAUCUAGACAACACAUCUAAUUCAUAUAAUCAAUACUCGUCAACAGGGAAGAGAGAAUACCCGUGUUUUUGGACCGCGAGUGAAACAGAGCCACUGUAGGCCUAAUUGGUAAAAGGGCUUCUUUGUACUCUGCGCCAUCGUCUUGGAACACCUUACAAAAUACUUUUAAACUGGAAGAACUUGUCCCGAUUGCUGUUUUUAAAUCACUGAUGAAGGAUUUUGAGGCAGAUUCUCUGACCUGUCAAUGUUUUUAAUUUGCUGUUUUAUACUCUUGUGAAUUCAAUGGAUUGUAGUUCUUCAUGUUGUCUGUCUGUAUUUUUUUUGUAAUAACUUGGUGCUGCCUAUCUUGGCCAGGGCGCUCUUGAAAAAGAGAUUUUAAUCUCAAUGAGCCCUUCCUGGUUAAAGGAAGGUUAAAUAAAUCAAUCAAUCAAUGAGAGGUGUUUCUCCGGCCGCACAGGCAGCACUUAUUUUUACGCUUCAGUUGUUUCACACAUGCUUAUGGAACGUUUGAGGUAUAGUUUCACAGUAAAGUGUCAGAAUAGAAAGAGGAACAGAGGGAGGAGGAGGUAUAGUUUCACAGUAAAGUGUCAGAAUAGAAAGAGGAACAGAGGGAGGAGGAGGUAUAGUUUCACAGUAAAGUGUCAGAAUAGAAAGAGGAACAGAGGGAGGAGGAGGUAUAGUUUCACAGUAAAGUGUCAGAAUAGAAAGAGGAACAGAGGGAGGAGGAGGUAUAGUUUCACAGUAAAGUGUCAGAAUAGAAAGAGGAACAGAGGGAGGAGGAGGUAUAGUUUCACAGUAAAGUGUCAGAAUAGAAAGAGGAACAGAGGGAGGAGGAGGUAUAGUUUCACAGUAAAGUGUCAGAAUAGAAAGAGGAACAGAGGGAGGAGGAGGUAUAGUUUCACAGUAAAGUGUCAGAAUAGAAAGAGGAACAGAGGGAGGAGGAGGUAUAGUUUCACAGUAAAGUGUCAGAAUAGAAAGAGGAACAGAGGGAGGAGGAGGUAUAGUUUCACAGUAAAGUGUCAGAAUAGAAAGAGGAACAGAGGGAGGAGGAGGUAUAGUUUCACAGUAAAGUGUCAGAAUAGAAAGAGGAACAGAGGGAGGAGGAGGUAUAGUUUCACAGUAAAGUGUCAGAAUAGAAAGAGGAACAGAGGGAGGAGGAGGUAUAGUUUCACAGUAAAGUGUCAGAAUAGAAAGAGGAACAGAGGGAGGAGGAGGUAUAGUUUCACAGUAAAGUGUCAGAAUAGAAAGAGGAACAGAGGGAGGAGGAGGUAUAGUUUCACAGUAAAGUGUCAGAAUAGAAAGAGGAACAGAGGGAGGAGGAGGUAUAGUUUCACAGUAAAGUGUCAGAAUAGAAAGAGGAACAGAGGGAGGAGGAGGUAUAGUUUCACAGUAAAGUGUCAGAAUAGAAAGAGGAACAGAGGGAGGAGGAGGUAUAGUUUCACAGUAAAGUGUCAGAAUAGAAAGAGGAACAGAGGGAGGAGGAGGUAUAGUUUCACAGUAAAGUGUCAGAAUAGAAAGAGGAACAGAGGGAGGAGGAGGUAUAGUUUCACAGUAAAGUGUCAGAAUAGAAAGAGGAACAGAGGGAGGAGGAGGUAUAGUUUCACAGUAAAGUGUCAGAAUAGAAAGAGGAACAGAGGGAGGAGGAGGUAUAGUUUCACAGUAAAGUGUCAGAAUAGAAAGAGGAACAGAGGGAGGAGGAGGUAUAGUUUCACAGUAAGGUGUCAGAAUAGAAAGAGGAACAGAGGGAGGAGGAGGAGGUAUAGUUUCACCGUAAGGUGUCAGAAUAGAACGAGGAACAGAUGGAGGAGGAGGGAGUUCCUCGUGAUCACCUGGGGAACAGUAUCAGUGGCUUCAAAGUUCAAACCAUGACAACAUGGGAAAAUGACCAAAAACACUCUCUCUCCAACAUCUGUUUUGGUCGAACCCUUGACCACUAGCCCCUACAGACUUGACCUCGAGGAAGUGAUGGAGAAAGAGAAAAUCUUGUCCAAACACUCUCCAGAAGUGACCGAGUGACCACACACACACACACACACAAAGACACAGUACACACACACAGUGACCCCAACAUGGCCAGAUGGGACCAGUAAAGCCAGGUGCAGAGUCCCAACAGAACAAAGGAAUAGUUUACAGAACAUGUGACACAAGGUUUACAGAGCCCAUAAAACAGGGCUGUUCAAGUAUUACCCUAUGACACGGAUGGGUAACUCAGUCCUCAGACCCCAGCCUCCGCCUCAGCCCCAGCUAACACACCUCACUCUAAUAAUCAACUAAUGAUGAUCUUCAGUUUAGAAUGCAAUUAGUUUAAUCGCCUGUGUUCACUAGGGAAAGGGGGAAAGUGUGACACCACUCUGGACUGGAGUUGACCAUCCUGGCCCUACGAGGUCUGGAGUUGCCCAUCCUGGCCCUACGAGGUCUGGAGUUGCCCAUCCUGGCCCUACGAGGUCUGGAGUUGCCCAUCCUGGCCCUACGAGGUCUGGAGUUGCCCAUCCUGGCCCUACGAGGUCUGGAGUUGCCCAUCCUGGCCCUACGAGGUCUGGAGUUGCCCAUCCUGGCCCUACGAGGUCUGGAGCCUGCUGGUUUUCUGCUCCUAUCUGGUGUCGUCUCAGGUCUAAAUCAGUCCCUGAAUAGAGGGGAAUA